CUCGUUCUCAAAACACUCCACUCAGAGCUCUCGUUCUCAACCCCUCUCUCUCUGUAAGCUUUACUCUCAUCAGGGAUGUUCAAGGACACAACACUCCACUCAGAGCUCUCGUUCUCAACCCCUCUCUCUCUCUCUAUGAGCUUUACUCUCUUAAAGCUUCCUCAGAGAUGUUCAAGGACACAACACUCCACUCAGAGCUCUCGUUCUCAACCCCUCUCUUUCUCUCUAUAAGCUUUACUCUCUUAAAGCUUCCUCAGAGCAAAAUUUAUAUGCUUUGGAAAUUGCACCAUAUUUGGAUCUGUUGUCCCAAGGAUCUAUCAUACAAUCACUUUACUGGGUCUCUGAUCUUCUUGCUGGAACAUCCAUGGUAACCAUUCUAGUGGCAUCAUCCCAAGACAAUUUCAGUCAACACCAAAUUUAUGGUCCUCUAUCCACAGAGAAUACUCUUUUCAGAAAUAAUGGGGAUGGUGCAGAUUUUGUGAAUAUAUUGCUAAAGCUUCCAUUUACCCAUUCUUUUAUGCUCACUGAAUCUAAUCCUCCCUGGAGAACAAAAUGCCUCUUGGUCCAAGUUCAGUCCAAAAUUGGUCCUAGCUUAAAAACUGAAAGCAUUCUUGAAGUGUUGGAUUUGGGCUCCAGGAUGAAGCUGAUGAGGUUAGAAUUGAAGGUGUCAUUUCUAUGCCGGUGAUUGUCUUGUGGUCUGGUCUUGAUGUGCUCUUCAGAAGGCUGGACAUUGAGAAGCCUAUGGAGAUUGAUCACCACUUGUAUGAAUUUGGGUCAGUGGAAUACCAUGUCCAGAUCAACACUUGUGACCAAUUCGCACCAAAUUCUCCAAACAAGCCCAAAACGUGGACUGAAAAUUGGCCUGGAUGGUUUAAAACAUUUGGGGCACCAGAUCCUCAUGGACCACGUGAAGAUAUUGUUUUUUCUGUUGCUCGUUUCUUCUGGAAAGUGAAUUACUACAUGGAUCAUGGUGGUACAAAUUUUGGUCGCACAUCUGGUGGACCAUUCAUCACUACUACUUAUGAUUAUAAUGCACUAAUUGAUGAAUAUGGUUUAGCUAGGCUUCCAAAAUGUGGACAUCUUAAGGAGCUUCGUAGAGCUAUAAAGUCAUGUGAGCAUGUAUUGCUCUAUGGUGAGCCAAUUAAUUUGUGACUAGGUCCUUCACAAUAGUCAUCCACUUGCAGUGAAGCUAGAUGAAAACAACUUUCUGCAAUAGUGUCAACAAGCCUUGGCUGCACACAAAGGACAUGGACUACCACACUUCUUCUUUGAAAAGGACUUAGCUCCUCAAGGAUAGUGAUAGAGAAUUUGGCAAAAGAUGCAUAUCUUGUUUUUGGAAUGAUAGCAAUGGUAACAAUGCCUAAUGGUUUGUUUU